AUGAAUAAAAAUCAUGUCAAAGUUCAUGUCGGAAUCAUUGGAUGUGGUUGUAGUGGAUUAGUUGCAUUGAAAGAAUUAUUAGAUGAAGGUCAUCAAUGUACUGUUUUUGAAAAAUCAAAUUCUAUUGGCGGCGUAUACACUCAAGCGUAUCAACAAGGAGAACUUGUAUCAAGUCAUUUACUAACUAUGUUUAGUGAUUUUAUUGGCAAUGAUGAUAGCGCUCUUGAAAAACCACGAAUGUUAUCCUUUAUUGAAUAUUCGGAGUAUUUAAAUGGUUAUGCCGAACAUUUUCGUUUAAAGCAAUUUGUUAAAUUACAGACCGAAGUCAAAUCUGUAUGGAAAGAUCAUUCAGAAAAUAAAUGGAAAGUUCUUGUUAGUAACGACCUUGAACAAAUUUAUACAUUUGAUCGUCUUGCAAUUUGUACUGGCGUUUAUGCAAAUGAAAAUAUGCCAACAUUUAAAAAUCAAUGUUUAUUUCAAGGAAAAAUAAAGCAUUUUAAACAGGUUCAACUAUAUGAAGAAUUUAUUGAUAAAAAAAUUUGUAUCGUCGGAAGUGGAGAAUCAGCGAGCGAUAUGAUAUUAGCUGCUGCGAAAUUUGGUAAAAAAGCUUUUCUAUCGAUAAGAAAUGAUCAUGGUUUCAUUGUACCAAGAUAUAUUCAUGGAGAUCGAUUUGGACCAGCUGAUUUAGAUACAUCACGUGUUCAUCAUUCUAUUCCACGUGCAUGGGGAGUUUUACAUACCUACAUCGAUAUGAUUAAUAGUUUAGUGAAGUCAUACUUGAAAUGCUUGAUUUAUCAAGGAGGUAAAUCCAAUGAUUAUGAUAAAGUAAGAAGAGCUGGAAUUUAUAUGAAUUUAAAACAAAUAAAAACAAGUAAUAUAUGGAAUACAUUUGGAACGAAAAAUGCCAAUAUAGUCGAGGCUUUAGUUAAAUAUAGUGAUACAUGUUGUAGAAAACCGGGCAUAAAAGAAUUAAAAGCUAAUUCAAUUGUAUUUGAAGACGAUUCUGAAGAAUAUGUGGAUGAAAUAAUUUGUUGCACUGGAUUUCGAAACUCAUUUCCAUACAUAGAAGAAAGUGAUCGUGCUGAUCAAAAUUUAAAACGUAUCGCAAAGGAAGCAAAGGUUUCUCAUAAUUUAUAUAAACAUUGUUUACAUCCCGAUCUUGCUGAUGAAAUAUGUUGGAUUGGAUUCGCUCGACCUGCAUUAGGUGCUAUUCCACCCUUAAUAGAGCUGCAAGCACGUUGGUUUGCUUUAUUAUGUUCAAAUAAAUUGAAAUUACCAAUGAAAUUCGAUAUGUUAAAGCAAAUUUCUAAAUAUGUUAAAUAUUUAGAAUGGCAAUUAACAGUCUAUCGUGUUACUCGUCUUACUGGAUUAACUGAUAACUUAAUCUACGCGGAUGAUUUAGCGAGAACGAUCGGUUGUCGACCCAAUUUCACAAGAAUUUUCUUUACAGAACCGAAAUUAUGGUUGAAGUUAAUGUGUGGACCUUUAAUAAACGCACACUAUCGUUUGACUGGGCCUCAUGCGAAACCAAAACAAGCAAAACAAAUUAUACUAAAAGCUAAAUGGGUUAUACAACCGAAUGUUUUGUAUUCUAUAAUGUUAAUGUGUUAUUCUUUUUUCUGGUUAGUCUUUGGAAUUGAAUCAUGUAAACCUGCUUCGUGGUAUCCUUUAUAG